UUGCUGUUAACAAGCCCGCGGCUAUGAUUUCUGUGUUCAAACCUGACUAUCAGUUCGCCUCUAAUGCAGUUGACAAUAUCACUCUAUGUCCAACAGGGCUUACCACUGCACAUACUCGCCAAGAAAUUAACCCUUGGAUGGAAAUCGAUCUGCAAGGCAUUUUUGACAUUGUGAAGGUUCUAAUUUUCAACAGGCAGGAUCAAAGCGGAGAUAGACUGCACGAUCUGUCAAUAAAUGUUGUUGAAAAUGGAAAAGAAAAUGGAUGCGGUUACUUUACAGGACCUGGAGUGACAGGUGGCCGCCUUCUUCUGUUCUGUACUUCCGGUUCCAGGGGAAGCCGCGUUAGAUUUGUGAUUCAUAACCGAGCAGGGCAAACCGAUAUUUUAAAUGUCUGUGAAAUACAGAUCUUUGUAGAUCAGUGA